AUGGUCUUGAUCAUGUUGUUGGAACUAUUGUUUCGAAUAAUGCUACAAUAAUUCAAGCUUCCUUCGCUAAUGUUCCUUUAUGAUAAUUUGAUAUUGUUGUUUAAUGUGAUGAUAAAGUUGGAAUAUGGACAACUCGGGAAUACUAAAAGAUUAUUUUCUAAAAUCCAGUUUAGAAUGGAUCAUUACCUAAGGCAUCAUGCAAAAGGAGAGAAAUUCAUUGUCAUGGUUUCCUUGAGAGUCAUAAUGUAAAACCUUUUGGAAAGAAAUGUGAUUUGA